AUCUCACUCCCAAAAAUAAGAAAAAAAGACACAAAUACACUAAGCUACAUGGCGAAUACAAGAAUGAAUAAUUCUCAACUAAGGUUACUUUUAGUUACCGUUACCAUCGUGACACUACUACACACAACGGCGACAACAACUAUGCAUGAUUUGCAUUAUUCUUCAAGUAUGAUGACAUUAAAAAGGGCUUUUCCACCAAAUCAUUUAAUUGAACUGAGACAACUCAGAGCUCGUGACGAGCUCAGACAUGGUAGAAAGUUACAAGACACUAAUAAUAGUGUCAUUAACUUUCCAGUUGGAGGAACAUUCAACCCAAGCCAAGUAGGGCUUUAUUAUGCAGAAAUAAAAUUGGGUUCUCCUCCACAAAAAUACCAUGUGCAAAUUGACACAGGAAGUGAUGUUCUUUGGCUCUACGGUUUUCCAUGUAUUGGUUGCCCACUAUUUACAAGCUUAAAUAUUGAGUUGAAUUCUUAUGAUCCAAAGAGUUCGAAUACAUCUUCAUCGAUAUUAUGUUCAAACCAAAUGUGUAAAGAUGGAGUUGGAGUAGAAGAAUCUCUUUGUUCUUUCCACUCUAAUCGAUGUAUUUACACGUUCACUUAUGGAGAUGGAAGCACAACGACAGGGUUUUAUGUUUCAGAUUUGUUGUCGUUUGACACAAUCGAUGGUUCUUCUCAUACUAACUCUUCUGCCUCUGUUGUCUUUGGGUGUAGCAAGAUUGCAAGUGGAGAAUUGAGCAGAACAGAAAGUGCAGUAGAUGGGAUUUUUGGGUUAGGUCAAAAUAAAUUGUCAGUGAUUUCUCAACUAUCCUCACAAGGAAUUUCACCAAAGAUUUUUUCACAUUGUUUGAAAGGAGAUGAUAAUGGUGGUGGUACAUUACUUUUUGGUGAUGUUCAACAUCCAAAUAUGGUUUAUACUCCAAUUGUUCCAUCAAAGCUUCAUUAUAACAUAAACCUUGUGAAUAUAUCUGUUAAUGGAAAAGAAUUAAUGGGCAUUGAUUCAAAAGAGUAUUCAUUAUUAUCAACCACUAAUGACACAGUAGUUGAUUCUGGAACAACUCUUGCUUAUCUUCCAAAACAUCUUUACAAGUCUUUUAUCAUGGCUGUUGAUGAAGUUGCUUUAAAUAAUGCAAGUUUAGCUCAUACAUAUGAAUAUCAUUGUUAUUCUGUUGAUUCCAGCAUGAUAAAUAGUACAUUUCCAGAAGUGAUUUUCAACUUUUCUGGUGGUGCAUCUCUAGUUCUUAAACCUAAAGACUAUCUCUUACAACAAAAUUCAACUGAUGGUGAUAAAUUAUGGUGCAUGGGAUUUAUGGAGAAUAAGGAUACAACAAUACUAGGAGAUCUUGUUCUAAAAGACAAACUUGUGGUCUAUGAUUUGGCUAAUCAAAGAAUAGGAUGGACUGAUUAUAAUUGUUCAUUGCCAGUUAAUGUUUCAACAAAUAGUAGUGAAUUAGUGAAAGAAGAGGCCCCAAACAGCAAUAAUACAUUUAAGAAGGAGCCUUCAAAAAUUAUUAUACUAAUAACCAUACUUAUAAUUACUUUUUUGUACAUAUAGCAAUAUUUAUUAAUAUUUAGUUUUAUAUGUUUUACCAAAUAAAAUAAUGCAUGCUAUAGUA